UCGAUCGUCAAUUACCAAUUCAUCUAAACAUACAAAGAAUUUAGUAGAUAAUGGCGGGAUCACUGAACUCAGUCUGUGGGCUGGCCUUUUGGCAGCUUCUUUGCUUCUUCUUCGUCCCGGGCCUUGUUCAUAUGGCUCGAGCUCAAACCUCAAAUGGUACUACAGCUCCUUCCGAAGUGAGUGCACUGAAUUCCAUAUUCGGAGAAUGGGGAUUAUCGGCAAAAUUAAAUCAAUGGAACAUAAGCGGAGAACCAUGCAGUGGAGCAGCCAUCGACACGACCAGUAUCGAGUCCACCAAUGGAGAUUACAAUCCCGGUAUCAAAUGCCAGUGCGAUGGUACUACUUGCCACAUUACCGAACUGAAAGUGUAUGCGUUGAGUGUCUUUGGAGUAAUCCCAGAUGAACUAUGGACUUUGACUUACCUCACAAAUUUAGACUUGCGCCAAAAUUACUUGACAGGUACCCUGUCACCAUCCAUUGGAAACCUAACUCGCAUGCAGUACCUGUCCGUGGGUAUCAACGCAUUAUCGGGGCAGGUUCCAAAGGAACUUGGAAAACUGACCGAUUUAAGAUCACUGUCGUUUUCAACAAAUAACUUCUCUGGCACUCUGCCAUUAGAGCUAGGGAAUUUAACAAAGUUGGAGCAAUUGUACAUUAUCAGCUCCGGAGUUAGUGGAGCUAUACCUUCAACAUUUGCUUCUCUACAAAACCUGCAACAAGUGUGGGCUUCAGACAAUGACCUUACAGGCAGCAUACCUGAAUUCAUUGGGAAUUGGUCAAACCUUAAAAGCUUGAGGUUUCAGGGAAAUUCCUUUGGAGGUGUGAUACCAUCAACAUUUUCCAAACUAACCUUGAUGGAGAACUUGAGAAUAGGUGAUAUAUCUAAUGGAAGUUCCUCACUGGCAUUUCUAAACAAUAUGAAGUCUCUGAAUAUCUUAAUUUUGAGGAAUAACAAUAUUUCUGGUUCUAUCCCAUCCAAUAUUGGAGAUUACCGAAGUUUGUCUCAACUGGAUUUGAGCUUCAACAAUUUAACUGGACAGAUUCCUGAUUCACUACUCAAUAUGAGCUCUCUCUCUUACUUGUUUCUUGGGAAUAACAAAUUGACUGGCCCCCUUCCUGCACAGAAGAGUACAUCUCUUCUGAAUGUAGAUGUGUCAUACAAUGAAUUGUCUGGGAGUUUUCCUUCUUGGAUCAACCAACAAGACUUGCAACUUAAUUUGGUUGCCAAUAACUUCACAAUUGAAAGUUCAAACGACAGUGUUCUACCUUCAGGAUUGAGCUGUCUUCAAAGGAACUUUCCCUGCUAUCGGAAUUCCCCUCUCUAUUACAACUUGUCAAUUAAGUGUGGUGGUCCACAGAUUACAUCCAGAAUCGAUCAGAUUGUGUAUGAGAGGGAUGAUGAGGCUUUGGGUCCGGCUACAUAUUACGUGACUAGUACCAAAAGGUGGGCAGUAAGUAAUGUUGGACGCUUCGGCGAGAACAACAAUGCCCGUUACACGAGUAACUCUUCAUCUCAGAUAGCAGAUACCUUGGACUCGGAGCUUUUCCAGACAGCACGAAUAUCUGCUGGAUCACUGAGAUACUAUGGGUUGGGGCUUGAGAAUGGAAAUUAUAAUGUGAGUCUCCAGUUUGCAGAGAUAUCCAUCCUGAAUCCUCCAGAUUGGAGAAGUCUCGGAAGGCGUAUUUUUGAUAUAUACAUCCAGGGGAAUCUGGUGUGGAAGGAUUUUGACAUACGAAAGGAGGCAGGUGGGACCUCUUUCCAAGCUGUUCAGAAGGAAUUCCAGGCACAGGUAACAGAAAACUACCUUGAAAUCCAUCUCUUUUGGGCUGGUAAAGGGACUUGCUGUGUGCCUAGACAAGGUACAUAUGGACCUUCUGUUUCAGCAAUCAUUGCCACCCCAGACUUCAUCCCCACUGUUAGUAACAAACCUCCAACCAGCAGUAAGAAGAAUAAGACUGGCUUGAUCGUCGGGAUUUCUGUUCCUGUUGGAGUUUUAUGCUUUCUGUCUGCACUUGCAUUAUGUUGUUUCGUUCAUCAAAAAAGAAGGCCACGACAGAAUGAGGAUGAAGAGCUCCUGGGGAUGGAUGCUAGGCCUUACACUCUAAGUUAUGCUGAACUUAGGGCUGCAACAGAAGAUUUUAAUCCUGCAAACAAACUCGGGGAGGGAGGUUUUGGCCCGGUUUAUAAGGGUACCCUCAAUGAUGGGAGGGUGGUUGCCGUCAAAAAACUGUCUGUGCAAUCCCACCAAGGAAAGAGACAAUUUGUUGCAGAGAUCGCAACAAUAUCGGCCGUACAGCACAGAAAUCUUGUGAAGUUGUAUGGAUGCUGCAUUGAGGGAGAUGAACGACUGCUUGUUUAUGAGUAUCUUGAAAACAAGAGUCUUGAUCAAGCAUUAUUUGGUACAAGGACAGCAACUUUACACUGGCCCAUUCGUUUUGAUAUAUGCUUGGGAGUAGCAAGGGGUCUGGCUUAUCUUCAUGAGGAAUCACGGCUUCGCGUAGUACACAGAGAUGUGAAAGCCAGCAAUAUUCUUCUUGACCUUGAUCUCAACUCCAAAAUUUCUGAUUUUGGUUUGGCCAAACUUUAUGAUGACACAAAGACACACAUUAGUACUUGUGUUGCUGGGACAGUUGGGUAUCUUGCACCUGAGUAUGCGAUGCGUGGGCUGCUUACUGAAAAGGCCGAUGUAUAUGGAUUUGGUGUUGUAGCUCUUGAGAUUGUCAGUGGAAGGCCAAAUUCUGACUCAAGCUUGGAAGAAGAAAAGAUAUAUCUUCUUGAGUGGGCUUGGCAUCUUCACGAAAGCAACCACGAAGUUGAGUUAGUUGAUGCAAAUUUAUCGGAAUUCAAUGAGAAGGAAGUAAAACGAGUGAUAGGAGUAGCUCUUUUGUGCACCCAGACGUCCCCACAGCUACGCCCAUCCAUGUCACGUGCAGUGGCAAUGCUUUCAGGAGACAUCGAAGUUAGUUCUGUAAUUUCGCGGCCUGGAUACAUGACUGAAUGGAAACUUGAUGAUGCAACAGGAUUUAUAACUCCUGAUACUCCAGCUUCUAAAGAUAAGUAUAGCCACUAUAGCUCAUCUACUAAUACAAGCAUGGUGGCUGAUCCGGACCUUUCACCCAUAAAUGCCACUGGACCUAUGCUUCAAGAGACCAUCGGAGAAGGUAGGUGAAGAUUGCUUUUGCUUCAAGGAAGAAACAGUGAAAUUUCCUCCUGGAAUACAUGAUAUGAGACUUCUUAUCUAUAUAUUGUUGUUUUUCCGUUAUUGCUGCUGCGAAUUUAGAUUGACUUUUGUCUUGUAUCAAGUACGAAAAAAAGGAUAUCAAAUUAGACAGUGAUUGGUUCCAGUAAAGGAACUCGUUAA